AUGGGUUUCCCUCUGAUCCUCGCUCUCCGCGCCGUCCAGGGCGUUUUCGCCGUGAUCAUUCUCGGUCUGUCAGCAUAUGUUGCCAACUGGUACAAUGUGGACACCCUGACCUCAUCGCCUUCUCAGGUUAACUUCCUGGUCUUCGUGCCACUGUUCUCCCUGAUUUCUAUUGCAUACUUGGAGGCUGUCCCCAAAUUCAUGCCCAAGCUCUCCCACCCAUGGGCGGUCCUCGCUCUUGAGGUCACCAACGUCCUCUUCUACUUCGCCGGCUUCGUUGCGCUCGCCGUCUUCCUGACGCACCUGCUUUUCUGCCGUGGCGCCGUCUGCGGCUCCGCCCGUGCGGCAACCGUCUUCUCCUCGUUCAACUUCGUGCUCUGGACCGCCACCGCUGCUCUCACCAUCAAGGACGCUCUGAAGGGGGGGUUCGCGGGCCUCCGCAUGGGCCAUGAAGGAGGCCGCUAUGGCCGCAUAAAUGCCUACUACGGCUCUGACGGCCGCGGGUCGUUUUUCGGAUACGUCCCCGCUACGCCGCCUCACAAGACUGCGUCCCUCGAGGUGACGGUCAAGAAGCUGUCGUCGUGGGACCACAGGCGGAGCACCGUCGCCAGCAGUGAGGAGUGGGAGAUCGCCACCUUCGUCGGCAGCGAAGAAGAGGUAGUCGCGGGAAAGGGAUACGGGCGUCGUGAUACCUGGUGA